CACCAACUCCAGAGUCGGACAGGACUAGACUUAAUGUCAGGGGGAAACCUUUACCUAUUUUUAAACUUGUUGUGGAGUUUAUCACAACCAGCCCAGAUUCCUGAAAUUAUGGGCUUGGAACCCUAGAAUCUCUCUUGAACUUACAGCCAGAAUAUUCAUGCCACUUGCUUGCUAUUUCACAAUAUGUACAUUUCUCAAUUAUAUAACAAAUAAUCCUGUUUUGAUGAGACCCACAUCCAAGGAUGCACAUUUCCAUCUCAUUGGCUGAAGCAUUGCCAAGUGCCAAACUAUAACAUGCAGGCCAUAGGGGUGUCAUACAACUAUAUGAGGAAGGGUGAAAACUGAAUGUCUCUCAAAACCUGAUAAGAAUGGCUUCUACACUCCAGUAUCAUCUCUUGUAUUCUGCCAUAGUUUCACUUUUCUGCACAGGAUGCACAGAAGUGACAUACAGUGACCUCGAAGAUGAAAUGUCCUACUUAUAUCCAGAUGAAGAAGAGUUAUUUGAAGAGGAGGACCUGGCCAUUGACUGCAGAGAUACCUACUACGAUUCGAUAGCUUUGCAUUGCUGGCCCAAAUUUCACUUUGUCUUUGUGGCUACGGAUGAGAGCAACCAGUGUCUCUGGGAAACAAUUGGCAGUAUUUAUGGUGAACUUGCUCUCUGUACUGGGCUGCUGGCUGAAGGUAUGGGCUGCCCCAUAUCUAGCCCCACCUUGGAUGCCUUCUUUGUGAAAAUCCACAAUGAGUACUUUGCCAACUGCUCUCUGCCCACCAGUACCUUUGUCACCCAGCCAUCCAUAGGAACUGUCACCAUCUUGACCUUCUUGACUGUCUGCCUGGUGCCCAUCUCAGUUGUGCUUCUGCUCCGCAAGAUCUGAAGGGCUAAAUGUACAUGGCGAACUACCUUAUCAUAGAACAGCCCUAGAAAUGGACUUUUAGCUUGUGUCAAUGUUCUAUGUUUAGCCUUGAAGAUGAACAAGAACAAUUGGAUUCACAUGUGAGACUCUGGUUGUCAGGAUGACUGAGUCUACUGUACAAUGGAGCGAGUGUUAAGUUGAUGAUUCGAAGGGGGGAAAAUACCAUGGUUCCAUGUAAGUAAUAUUAAGGAUUUUCUGCCCCCUUUCAGUCUGGAAAUGUGUCUUCAAAAUAGCUUCAAUUUGAUCAGACUGUGUUGGUUUCGUUCUCACACUGCAGUACUGACUCCAAGGUACAUUAAAGAGUCAGUAUCAUAGCCACACCAUUUUACCUUGUUCAGAUUUGAAUACGAGGUCUUCCCAAAGAUUAUUAAAUGGUGCAAACAGAUUAUAGGCAGCCUGCGGCCCCUUGACUGCUCUUUUCUCCUUGUACCCCUUUCUUGUUGUGUUAUUUCAAUGUGGUAUAUUCAGUGGGAUAUAUGUCUUUUUUCAAAGUCCAGACUACACCAUCUCUUCCAUAAAUAUCAAAUUUAGGUGAUGACUCCCAAUAGAAAUAGAUAUAGUUGUGUGUUUGAGGAAUCUUGAAUUUUGAAGAAGUACCAAUUAAAAACCUCAACCCAAUCCAGCCUGAACUUCUGAAUUAAAUUUCUUCACUCCAUAUUCCAGGAAUAUUGACUUUUAUUGCUUUCAUAUGUCAAUUACUUUAAAGACUUGGAAGACCUGCUUCAUGCUGCUCUUUGAAGGGUUGGCAUCAUGAUUUGCACUUUUCUGUUUCUUAUUAUAUUCUGUCCCACUCCCAUAACAAUCCAUAAUGAUCCUUUCAAAAUGUUAGCUUUCAUAUUACUUCAACAGUGUAUCUAGGCACAUAUUCAAGGCUAUGGCACUCCAUGAAACAGAACUUGGACUGAAUAGACAUUCCAAUUAGUACAUGGACGGGGAGCCUGCAGCCAUAAGCCUUUCCUACUUUGCUUUCUAUGCUUGCUGUGGCAAUGUCUGAAUGGACCAGAACUACAUCUCUCCCUUCCAUUUUACUUUGAUCCCACACUGUACAUGUAGUUUUCCCUACUGCUAUGACACACCUCCCAAGAUCCUUUCCAGAUUGGAUUUUGGCUAUUGAUAUUUUCCAAGUUUCUCAUGUUUGAAAUAUCUGUUUGAAACAUCUGUGCUCACUGAAGAACACAUUGCCAAUAUACCACUGGUGGUUGGUUGCUUCCUUGCCAGACAGAUGGUGGAUCUACUCUGGGUUUUAGUCCAAACCUUAAAAGAGCUAAGGUGAUGGAUGUAUUCACUGGAAUAUGCAUCAGCACCUUGGAUAGCUCCAUUGAAGUGAUUUAAUGCCUAGUGAACGAGGAAGCUACUAACCAUUACUUGCACCUUUGGGAGGUCCACAUUCUAGAACAGAAUUUUUCAAGCUGCUCCUCCAGAUGUUUUGGACUUCAGCUUCCACAAUUCCUAACAGUUGGUAUGCUGUCUGGGAUUUAUGGGAGAAGAAGUCCAAAACACCUGGAGGAGCACAGUUUCAGAAACACUGUUCUAGAUAUAAAAAAUACUCUUUAAGCACUUGGAAAUCACACAUACAUUUGAGCAUAACUUAAAUAAUUUUUGAGUAUUAUCUUUGUGCUUGAGCUUAUGAUAUUGAAAUCUUUUGCUUCCCUACUUUGUAGUUUAGUAUCAGCAAAUAUUUGAUAAAUAAUGUUUACCAUAAAAACAA